AUGUUUUUAGUCUCUACUUUUCAGUCAAAUCGUUCGAUCAGGGAUUUAGCACUUCCUUGCCAUCCGCCGCUUUUCCGGUCGAGGCGUGGGGUAAACAGUUUUUCGAAAAGAACAUCCAGGACGUGUUCGAGGCGUGGGCGUUCUUGUAUCCUUGAAUUCGAUGGAGCAUAUAGUGGAAAUCCUGGAAGGUCUGGAGCAGGAGCUGUGCUGCCUUUUGGGAACCAGGUUCAGCGCUUUAGUCAAGGACUGGGCACUCAAACAAAUAAUUCUAUUGAAUAUCAAGGUUUAAAUUUGGGAUUGAAAGAAGUAGCCAACCAAGGAUAUGAUCGUGUUUGUGUUCGAGGUGACUCUCAGCUUGUUUGCAACCAGUUUGAGGGUUCCUGGAAAGUGAACAACCAGAAUUUAAGUGGCCUGUGUAAUGAGGCUCAGUCACUGUCGAACAUGUUCCUAGGGGCCAUAACACUGAAGCUGAUGCUCAAGCAAGUCGGGGGUAAAUAUCUCAGAGGUACUACUUCAAGAUUUUUCUGACUUUUAAUAACAUUGUAGUUGAUUUCUUGAUUAAGGUAUGUCUUAGGAAC